AUGGCGUCCAUCCUUCAUGGCCUGCUCAAUGCCACAAACUUUCGCAACCCAUUCCUCCGCACUCUCGUCCCCUCCAUAGGAUUAGCAUAUGGCAUUCAAGCCGCCGUAGCUAUCCCCUCCAUCUACGCUCAAACGGAGCGCUUCUACGAUCUCUCCGGCUCCUUUACGUACAUCUCCUGCGCCGCCCUUUCCCUCUACCUCCCCACCAUUCGUGCCCGCUUGGCAGCCCUCCCCGGCACCACAGGCCCAGCAUGGCCAAGUCUUCUUCAAAGUCUGACCAGCAAAGGAGGAGUCAACGCCUGGAAUUGGAGACAAGUAGUCCUCAGCGCGGCUGUGACUUUCUGGGCCGCAAGACUGGGAAGCUUCCUCUUCGCUCGAAUCAGCGCAGACAACGGAGAGGAUAGCCGUUUUGAGGAGAUUCGAAAGACACCAUCAAAAUUCGCAGUGGCCUUCUUUGCUCAGGCUACGUGGGUUUCGCUCUGUUUGAUGCCCGUGUUGGCAAUCAACAGCAUCCCGGCUACUACCCUUGCUGCUCUGCCUUGGUUUACCAUCACGGAUAUCGUUGGUUUGUUGUUGUAUGUGGGCGGUAUUACAUUCGAGGCUACUGCGGACAGGCAGAAGUCGCAGUGGAUGAAGGAGAAGAAGGAGAAGAAGCAUGAGGAGGACUUCCUCACUCGUGGAUUGUGGAGCAAGAGUAGACACCCGAACUACUUUGGCGAGAGCACGCUGUGGACUGGAAUCGCUACGACCGCAGCAGGCGUAAUGCUGAGCAGUGUUGGUCAAGCCGGUAUGGGAUUUAGUGGAAGUGGCCUUGCUCGAGCAGGUGCCCUUGGAAUGGCUGUUGUCAGCCCAGCUUUUGUGACGUUCCUCCUCCUCAAGGUCUCCGGAGUCCCAAUGAGCGAGAACAAGUACGACAAGCGAUACGGUGACAGGAAAGACUAUCAGCAGUGGAAGAAGGAUACGCCGAUGUUCAUCCCCAAAUUCUAG